UUAAUAUGGGCCUGAGCUCUUUCAUAUUUGUCUCUCUUCUCGAGUUUGUUUGCACCACAUCAGUUGAGGUCCAUCCAGUGCAGUAGGCCGCGUCCUCCAGAUGUCUCCACGUCUCCUUCCGCCCCUCUUCCCCGCAUUCCUCCGCUUCUCCUCGGACAGAGCGAGUCCAGAGACCCGCUGCGCUCUGGAACAGCUGGAACCAGUCCUGAAGUGUGCGCCACGGCUGCGUUUGGUCUUUCCACAUUUGUUUGCCCCGGACGCUGCGCCCUCGGUCCAAAUCCUCACGGAAACACCCGAAAAAAUACGAAGACGAGACGAGGACGAAACGACUUCCAGCUGCACCGCGGCUUUGGAGCGCGUCGUGUCCGAGUUUGGUGCGCCUUUUCGGGGGUAAACUCUGGGCGCUGUCCGGAGGUAGUUUUGGGGGAACUUUGUAGACAUGUCGGAGCCGGAGAAGAGCCCCGUGAGCGUGGGGGAGAAGAGCCCCGUGAGCGUGGGGGAGAAGAGCCCCGUGAGCGUGGAGGAGACAGCGGCGGAGAGCGCGGAGCGGAGCGGGGAGGAGGACCUGGACCUAGACCUGGCCUCUGUCUUUGUGUCUGAUGCCCAGUUCAACAGAAACAUCUUCUUUGACUCCUCCCCUCAGGCCGUCAGGUUGUACAUGCUGUAUAACCACUGGGGCCUGCAGGUGACUCUGUACAUCUUCAUUCUGGUGGAUCUGUCACUUGCUCUGUUUGAGGAACCAGCUGUGCUCCCUCUGCCACUCUGGGCCACCAUGUCUGUGGAGCUGCUGUGUGUGGUGGUUUUCAUGGCUCGCCUCGUGCACUACGCCAAAGUCAUACCUCGAGACAAGUUCUGGAGGGAUCCUAAAAACCUCUGCAUCAUCUCUAUCCUGGCGCUGACCCUGUUGGACAUGCUGAUCUAUGGGUCUCUCCGAGCAUUGGAUUGUUCUGGAGUUCGCUGGUCCAGAGUCUUCAGACCUCUGCUGCUCGUCAACAUCACAGAGGGGAGACGGCUUCGUCAAGCCUUCAGGAGCAUCAGGAACGCCCUUCCACAGAUUCUCCUCGUCUUCCUCCUCUUCAUCUUCAGCAUUCUCAUUUUCUCGCUCAUGGCCCUCAAGCUCUUCUCCAAACGAGGUCUGCGGACAACAGAUGGAGCUCCGUAUUUCACAAACUUUCUCCAGAUCGUUUUCGACCUUUACGUCCUCGUCACCACGGCCAACAGCCCUGACGUCAUGAUGCCAGCGUAUAACUCCAGCUCCAUCUUCUCCAUCUUCUUCAUCAUCUUCAUCCUGGUCAAUGUUUACAUCUUUAUGUCUGUGUUCCUCGCUGUGGUCUACAACAACUACAAAAAGCACCUCAAGGAGGAGGUACGGCAGCUGGUGAGAGCCAAAAGGCACAAAAUGGCGCGUGCCUUUGCCGUGCUGCAGCAGAAGAGCGGCGAGGGGGCGGAGCCGGUGGUCACACAUGACCGGUGGAGCCGAUUGGUCCGUCGAGUUCGCCCCGAUAUAAGCCACGCCCAUAAAGAGCUGCUAUGGAGCGUUUGUGACCCCGAGGAGAAGGGUGUUAUAGGUAAGCUGGCGUUCGUGCAGCUUGCUGACUUGUUGAACAUUGAGGUUAUCACAGUGAAGCAGAGGCCACACCCCCUUCAGAACCUAUGCCCCGCCCUCUACCUGUCCAAACCCAGCCGCCUCCUCUCCUCCAUCGUUCAGCACAGAGGUUUUGUGAUCCUCUUCGAUCUGAUCAUUUUGGCGAACGCCGUCUUCAUCGCUUUGGACGAGGAGAAUCCGCUCAUCUCCAACUCAGAGUGGUUCUUCUUGGUCGUGUACCUCCUCGAGAUCCUCCUCAAACUCUACGUCCAUGAACCCAGAGGCUUCUUCUCCAGACACAACUUCUGGAACUGGUUUGAUACCAUUAUCGUCGUAGCUGCCCUCAUUGCCACCAUUGUGAACUCUGCUCUUAAAUCAUCCAGUGGAUACACCAGCAGACAAGUCCUGGACAUCGUUUUCAUCCUCAGAGUCCUGCGGCUCAUCAGAGUCGUGGACAGCAUCAACAGGUUCCGAGCCAUAAUCAACACUCUGAUCAGGAUCGGACCAGCCAUCCUCACGUUUGGACAACUUAUCCUGGUGGUGUACUACAUCUUUGCGAUGGUGGGCAUGGAGCUUUUUCAGGGGAGGGUGCAGUUCUUCGGCCCAGACUCGGAGGCUCCUGAGCGGGUUUACUGCGGCAAUCCUCUCCUUAAAGACACGGCGUUCGCCCGACACAACUACUGCAAGAACAACUUCAACCAGGUGGUGGCGUCGUUUGUGCUGCUGCUGGAGCUCACUGUGGUCAACCAAUGGCACGUCCUGAGCAGUGGCUUCUCUCUCACGACUCACCCUGCGGCGAGGCUCUACUUCCUUCUGUUUCACAUCACCGUCGUCAUCAUCAUCAUCAAUAUUUUCGUGGCGUUUGUCCUCGAGGCCUUUUUUGUGGAGUAUUCUGUGGAAAAGAGCGACCUUCAGAACUCGGUGGAGAAGAAGAUUGAAGAACUACAACUGGGAGUAAAACAGGAGAAGUUGGAGCAGAAUCUGGUGAACUCGAUGGAGACGAUGGACAGUGAGAACGGACCAAAGAAGAGACCAGCCCUGCUCUUUAAGAUCGCCUCCAGGAGGUACCGCACAGUGGACGCUCUGAUCCAGAGAAUGUUUGAGAACGACCUCAAUCCUGAAGAUUUCAAUGAAGACGAAACCAACGGGAACUUCAGCAACCCCACGUUUAAUCUAUGAACCAGGACUGGAAAAGGACUGGACCGGGACCAGAACUGGACUAGGACCAGACCAGGACAGGACCAGAUCAGGGGACCGGACCAGAGACCAGACCAGGACUAAACCAGGACUGAACCAAGACUAAACCAGGACUGAACCAGGACUAAACCAGGUCUAAAACCCUGACUACCGGCACAGUAAAGGCCAAAGCAUUAUUUUUAU